GUAAACAAUUAGUUGGUGUAAACAAUUAAACAAAACAAAAAAAAAUAAUUUUAAAUACAUUAUAGAAGUAAUCUUCUGGAAUAAUUAUUAUGGAACAAUGUUGGUUAGUUUUUAUAGUGCGAAAGUGAACCGAGUUGAAGCAACAAUGUAUAGCCACAAUAUCAUAUCCGAAUUGUAAUAAACAAAUUUUAAUAUGUUUAUUUUUUAAUUUUCCCGUAAAAUAUAAAGACAUUUUUUUCGCAGUUAAAUAUAGUUUGUUUUUUAAUUAGAUGCAUUUAUACAAAUCUAUAUAAAUGUAUGUAUGUAUUUACAAAAGUUGAAAUAUUUGUUUUUUUUUUGCUGGCCAUAUACUACUAUAGACUCUUUUUGUCAGUUUCCAUAACGAUGACAUUGAAGCUGAAGUAACAAAAGAAACCAAAUUAUAUGUAAUUUUUAAUAAAAUGCACUAUAACGUAUACUUGUUAGUGAAAUUUCAACUUUAAACAUCGUCCAUCUUGAAGGCCAAUGAGCACUUUAAACCAAAUUUAAGUUUUCCAUAAGAAGUGUGAAAAAAAACUUACUAAAAUUCAGAUUAACUAAAAAUGAGUUGUCACGAAUUGAAAAAAAUAUCUCAGGAUGAAGAUAGAGAGAAAUGCUCAAGCAACAUACAUCACUCAUUCGAAUCUCCAUCGAAUAUAUGUCGUGACAAUGAUUUUGGCCUUAAAAUGUCAGAGUACAAAAGAAAUUCUUUAAAUUAUAAUUUUGGAUCAUCUAUAAGUUUGGAUAAAUUUUCUUUCUAUACAUCAGGUGAUGAAUCAUCUGGUCUAUCUAAACAUUUUUCGAAUGAAGCAAUACAUAAUGUUUGUGAGUGUAUAGAUGAUGAAUUAAGUGACAAUGAUUUAAUUGAAAUUCAGAGUACUCCAUCAAAUUUUAAAAAUAUCCUUUAUAAAAAUGCUAAUAGAAAUAUCAAUUUCGAUAAAAAGCGAAAAAGUUCUUUAGAGAGUCCACUUUGCGAAAACAGUUUUUUAAACUACAGUGAUGCUGUAAAAGACCACGAAGAAAUGGAUACGGUACUAGACGUUCAGGAUAUCCCUUUUACUCUUAAUAGUUCCACAUCCGAGUGUGAACAAGCAAAUAUAGAAGAAUGCUUAUUGGACUUAGAUGACUACCUUGAAAAAAUGGACGAUGGUUGCUUUCAAGAUGCUGGAUAUGAUGCUGAUAUGACCAACAGAUCAAUUAUUGUCAUGCCCAAAGGCGUUUCAUCAUCUAUACGAAUGAAAAACGUUUCCAAAACAAAUACACAAUUUGAACGUAACUCAAAAUUGAGGAAUACUAUUAGCUGUACUUUAAAUGAAAAAAAGUUCGAAGAUGAAGCCGCUUCAGUUUAUGCAACAUGGAAUAAACAAACAUUAAAAUGUGGUAAUAAAAUUGAAACCGAUAUUGAGAAUAAUUGUGAUAUUAGCCAAGAAAUGCCACACUGUUCAACAAAUAUUAACAAAUCUGAAUAUUCCGAAAAUAUUAAUACAUUAAGAUUUAAAUGCCAAAACGAAUGCGCGAAUAAACUGAUAUUCAAUGGCCUACAAGUUUUAUCCAACGAUCAAAUAUUCCAAAACUUGAUCGAUCAGCAAGAGACAUUUUUGGAAAAUGUUAAAAAUGACAGACCGCGACAGUUUGGCCGACGAGCAGAACGAGUCGCAACGUUAUCAACAACUUUAAAUAAUACAAAUCUAAAUUGUGAACAUAUUAACUAUGAUAACCUGAGACCAAUGAGCGCCCCCGCUUCGACUGGUUCAAAUAUACCAGAGGCUCAUAAUGCGAUCAUGUACCAUAUAUCGGAUGGUAGUACGAUACGAACAUCACAUAAUACGAGUCCAGUUUCAAUCGAAUCCAGUACUGAUUCGGGUGAAUCUUUAGGAAUAUCGGACAAUAUAGCUGAACCGGGCAUUAUCGCGAAUGAUGAGAAUAAUCGGCAGAGUGCACUGCCAAUAGAUUUUGAAAAUGUAGAUGAAUCUAUUAAAUCGGGUUUCAACUCUUACUGGCCCCAUAACUACAGCCGAACAUUGGCUCUAAUUUCAUGCACACUUGGAUUAUUUAACAUAAGUCGGUUUGCAGUUCUUACCAUAAAUUAUGGUGGCAAUUUUUUAAUUCAGUUCCUUAUACUUUCAAUUAUUUUUGGAAUUCCAUUUCUGUGGCUACAAAUGAGCUUAGGAGCGAAAAUUGAAGCAGGUCCAAUUUCUAUGUGGAAAAUAAGCCCCAUAUGUGUUGGUAUUGGAAUAUCUUUAAUAUGUGUGCAAUAUUUCAUUACAAUUUAUUCAUCGGUUGUAGUUGUAUGGCUUUUAGUCUACAUACGAGAUAUUUUUUUAUAUCACUCAUCAUAUCCAUGGACGCAGUUCAUUCAUCCUAUAAUUCCGCGGAAAUCUUCGCAUAUUUACACAAAUCUAACGGAAAGUGUUCCAGACUACUUCAAUGUAAAUGUAUUACAAAGAUUACAAAUAUUCCAAAUAAGUGAUGUAAAUGCAGUGCAUCUUGACAUAAGCGAUCGCCAGGUUGCUUUUUACUUGGUCAUACUUUGGGCAGUCGUAUUUUUAGUACUUUGUAAGGGACUGAAGUCAUUUGGAAACAUUAUUUUAUUUCUCGGAAUGUUGCCAAUUAUUUUCCUAGCUGUGAUUGCAGUAAAGCUUUUAAUUGUCGUAGAUUUUGCGAAACUUCAAAAAGUGUUUACUUCUACUGAGUUCGACGAAUUUUUGGUGAAUUCAAAAACUUGGUCUGCAGCGGCACAGGAAGCUUUUUUAACAUGGGGUCUCUUAGGGGCAUCCAUUAUAGCAAUAUCGAGUCGUACACAUAAAACAUCUUCUGGAUUAACGCUUCGAAGUGAUGCUAUUUUAGUUGUCUUGGUUACUUUAAUUGGAUUAAGCUUAUCCGCUUUGGUUGGUCUCUGUUCAAUACAAAUUGUAAACGAAUCCGGAUAUGUUUAUGUUCCUGGUUCAUAUGAAAAUCCGGACCACUAUUCGGCAAUAUUUUCUUUGAAUUCAUCUCCUAAUAGUGAUAUUUCGUAUCCAACCAAAUUUGUACCACAUUAUUCCACUCUGAUCGGAGAAGUAUACAGACGACAUACAGAUAUUAAAAAUGUGAGUGGCUAUCAGGUUUUACGCUUUGUCACUGAAUUAUUACCAGCUGCAGUUGCAAUUUCUACAGAAAAUAUUUCCUGGAUAUGGACGUCUAUUAUAUUUAUAACAUUUUUUUUAUUUGGCGUAUCACAAUUAUGCGUUAUGUGGAAACCUAUUUCUUGUGCCUUAGGAAAUUCGUCAAGCGCAGUAUUGCUGAGUUGUUUUACUGGUCUUCUGCUCAGUAUACCUUUUGCAACAGAAAUUGGUAUUACAUUACUUCACUAUAUGGAUAUUUUAUUGGGUGGAGCUUGGUUCAUGCCGGUUUUAUGGGCUGCCGAAAUUUUUGGAGUUUUUCUUAUUCGUGGUCGUCCAUAUAAUGGUGAUGAUCUUGUGAACGAUUUAAAAAUGUCAGGAUCCAUGUCAGCAUUUUUAGCACUAUCUUGGAAUGUUUUGCUUCCCAUUGGCCUGAUAACAUUAGCUGUAAUUGAAUAUAAAACUUCAUUGUCUAGCCAAUUGUACUACUGGCGUGGAAAGUCGUAUUUUAGUUACUGGUCGAGAAAAGUAGGUGCUUUAACACAGAUUGGAUUUUUGCUACUAGUGCCUAUCGCAGCCAUUACACAAAUAUACCGGUAUUUAACUUCAGGACCUCCAGAUAUUUUAGAUAGAAUUCAAAUGCUUUAUAGACCUUUAGAUAAUGUUGAAAGUAUACGAACAACUAACAGAAAUAUCCUGCAUUCGAGAUAUCGCAAUGAAAACCACAACAAUUCUGCAAUCGGACAUUUUGAAGACGACGCCCCACCUAAGUACACACCACCGCCCUCAUAUACAACAGCAACAGGUGCCAGAUUAUCAAAGAUGUUACGCCAAACUUUAAGACGCAGUGUUAGGCGUAUUUUAGGAGAAUGCGAAAGACCAAGACCAACACUGGGAAUUCAACAUGAAACACUAAACGAGCAGGCGUCAUACACGUCAGCCUUAUCUAGCCGCUCUGAAACUGCAAAUGAAAUGAAUACUAGCAUAAAUGAAGCAAUCGAAAUUGAAAAUAGACCUUCUCUAAAUUUACUUCGUAGUCGCAGUCUUUCAUUAGGUCGCAAGCAAUUGCUUAAUAAGCGCCGCUUUAAGGAGGAAAUUGAACGUCCAUUAUCAGCUCAAGCUAAUACUUUCGAUUCACAUUCUAACAGAAGAUUUUCACGGACACUAAACGAGCGCCCAUAUACAGCUGAAGAUGUCAUAACUAUUCUCAGAUCUUCGACACUAGGACGAAGAAGAGUAUCACAUUCAGUUCAUCCACAGACCGAAUCCGUAUUUCGUUCCAUAGAAAAUUUGGUUGAAAACGCAGAGCCGCCCAAUUUAAGUUCAGGGGUUAUUAACGAAUAUCCAAAUCAAAAUUCAACAUCUGUGAUUUAAUAUAUUGUUACGUUUUUACCUCUUAAAAACGGUGGUUUAUUUCCUUUAAAUAAACCGUAUUAUUUUAAUUGCAAAUUAAAGCGAUCACUAGUAUAAA